AGUCACUGUCUCCCGGGUGAACGAGGCUGUGGCAACGAGGGGCGGCGAGUGCAGGGUCGCCUUCCUGCAGACAUGGGGCGCCGAAAGUCCAAACGGAAGCCGCCUCCCAAGAAGAAGAUGACAGGCACCCUAGAGACCCAGUUCACCUGCCCCUUCUGCAACCACGAGAAGUCUUGUGACGUGAAAAUGGACCGUGCCCGCAACACUGGAGUCAUCUCUUGUACCGUGUGCCUAGAGGAAUUCCAGACGCCUAUCACAUAUCUGUCAGAACCGGUGGACGUGUACAGCGAUUGGAUAGACGCCUGCGAGGCGGCCAAUCAGUAGCAUCGCAGAGGAACCGCCCCCGUGGCAGCCCCGCCUGCGUGUGCCCGCCCACUGGGUACCAAUCCAGAGACAUUCCAGGGUCCAGGGGGUGGGUCCAGGGCCUAUGCAGCCCUGUGUGUGUGUGUGUGGAGUGGGUGUGAGUGUGUGUGUGUGGCCGUGGGGUGUGCUUGUGGGCACAGGGUGGAGUUGAGGGGGAGCUGCUGGGCCCCGGGGGCCUGACCUGCCUCCCUUGGCUCUGCAAGUCUUGGACUUGCUCCCUCCCGUCCCUGUGCGGCCUGCCUGGCUCCUCCAGGCCGGCGUCCUGACACCCUGGGCCAGGGCAAGCCCCGAAGAGGCUGCCUCAGGACUCUCCAGCCUCCUCCCCCACUCACCCGUCGGAACUGGACUGCCUGCCCUCCUUCCCUGCCUUCCAAGGCCAGUGGCCCGGGACUUGAAGCCACACUCCCACAGGCCCCCUGGCAGGGCAGCCCCCGGGUCAUUUUUAGUUGCUUUUGUAGAGGAGGGAGGGGCUGGUCCCGGGCAGCUGUCAGUCACGCACUCUUAAAUAAAGCAGAGAUACAAACUC